GCCGACAUUACAAAUUCAACAACAGUAUUCUAGAACACAGUUCUUCUGAUGAUGAAAGUGUUAUUUAUCAUCUAUGAAGAAUUUGAUGCAUAUGACGAUAGUCCGCAAUCUGUGACAAAAGGCGAUUUUGUUAUCGUGAACGUGUAUGUGCAAAAUAAAUUAAAUUUCAGACAUUAUGUUGGUGAAAUUAUUCAUGCUGUAAAUGAUGGUUUUGAGGUUACUUUUUAAAACGCCACAAAGAAACAAAUAUUUUUUUUAAAAAUAAUGAAAAUGGCUUUGUUGUAAAAGCUGAUAUUGUUUGUAAGUUAUCCAUGCAAGCGAAACGUAACAGCGCUAGAUAUGUCAACAUGGUGUCAUUUCAAGUUGAUUUAAAUGAAUUUGACUUUACAGUUUAUUAAAAUUACCUACAAUAUUUUCA